AUGAGACUGAGUGGCACCUCUCUGUGUUCUACUUCCCUUCUCCUGCUCGCUUUGCUGGCCGCCUGCAUCGCCGGCCAGCGUCGGCUGGACGCGGGUCUGGGCGAGGGUCAGGUCGUGCUGCACCCGCCGCCCUUCUUCGUCGUGGAUGGUCUGGACUUUCAGGGCAUGGCACUCGCCUAUUUACAGGAGCAGGGCGUCAACACGAGCAUCGAAGCGCAGAGCUGGAUGCAGCAGCACGGAUACACUUCGCUGCGUGCCAUGCUGGACGACGAGUCCCUGUACAAGGUGACGGAGGAGGCCAUCUUCGAGUGCGGACUCACAAGUCCCAGGACUGAGACGCAGCCUAUCCCGACAAACAACUCGUUCCAGACGUCGGGAUAUACGCUGGAUGGCCCGUGCGAGGUCUGGCUGGACGACACGAAGGUGUCCUCGGGCCGCAACUGCCACACCGAAUUCCCUCACGGCCAGCAUGAGGUCGACUACAGCUCAUGCGGGAAGGCGUGCACACUCUCGUGGUAUUGGCUCGGCAUUAAGUACAUUGAGGGAAUCUACUCGUGGCAGGUCUACAAGAACUGCGUGGGGCUAAGCACAGCGCCAACGGCUUAG